UCUAUAUUAAUAAGCACGGUCGUCAACUUAUGAAAUUUGUACGCUACGGUCAGUGUAUCGGCGCGCCGUCGGGAGAGGAUAGGACAGGACAGACGGAACGGACGGUGCCGGGACGAGCCGAGCCGUCGAACCGCGGUGAGCCGCGGAGAAGGGGAAGGAUCGGUCGAGUAGCGGAGUAGAAACGUGUGGAAGAGGGGCGACGACGGCCGGUGGCGGUGGAGAUCGGUGCGGUGCGCGCGCUCAUGACGGAGAACCUCGUGUGUGCCGCCUGCCAGUCGCGUUGCCGAGCUUAGCCGAGUCGGAGUCCGGAGCGAUUGUGUGCCCGCGUAGUGGACUGUCGGUCGUGUGCAACAGUUCGUCCCGUUCGCUCCGAAGUUGGAACGAUUCGUCGCGCGAGCGAUCGAAAUUCUCCGUGUAGAAAAAGAAGGAGCAAAAGGACGGUGAUCGAAAAGCUAAAUCGUAGAGAGGAGCAAACAUCGCUGGUCAUCGGAGAAGCGCCGUUCUCUCUGUGGCGCCAUACGUACGACCUCUCUCGCCCUCUCCGUCGAGUUUACACUUUACACGUCCAGAUCCCGUCUCGUCGUGUGCGUCGAUUUCUCCCACCGCUCCUCCUCUCUGGAGGGUCUUUCUCUCCCUCCCCCUCCCCCUCCCCUCACCCCCUCCAUCCCCUCGUCGUUCGCUCUCUCGUACUUUAAACCGCGAGUGUACCGCCUCUGCGCGAGUGUUGCCCGCGUUGUAUCCCACGGGGGGGCCAGCGAUUUCAAGAAUGUGACAGUGCGUGUCCUCACGGUCGGACGGUUGAACGGACGUGGUGCAUCGAGAGAGCAGUGGACAGUGACGGUGGAGCGGCGGCGAUGAUGGAUGUCGUGAACCAUCGUCGCGGCGUCGUGUCACGGUGAAAGAGCACAGCGGCCCGUGGAAACGAAGAGAUAGAAGAAGAAGAAGAAGGGAGAAGAAAGACGGACGAUGCAAGCGGAAAAUGUCACUCGGUGAUACGCGCGCACGGAUGACGGGGAGUGAUCGACGGAGCGACGGUCACGAGUCUGAGGUUGUUAGAGUGUCGCCGCGGCGGCGGUGGUGGUGGUGGCAGCGACGGUCGUCGUCGUCGUCGUCAUCGUCGCUACGUGGUGCCGCCGACGCGGUGGUGCCGGGAUUGGCGACGGCACGGGCGCCGGGUCGCCGGGAACGACGUUAUCGCGUCUCUCCGCAACCGCGGGCAUCAUCGAAAUCGGACUCCUUCUGUCGUUCGACGACUACGUCGUCGUCGUCGCGCUACUUAUUGUUGCUGCGUCAACAGCUGGCGAGAAUCGCGGCGGGUACCUCCUGAAGAGAGAUUUUUUUUCGCGACGCGGCGUCGCGCCGGGGUAUACUAUAUACACCGUCUCUCGUAAAGUGCAUACGUAUAUCGUACACCUACACACACACACACACACACACACACACAGACACAACGUAUACGCCCGCCGGUCGGUGUGCCGGGUCGCGAGGUUAAGGCACCGCGUCGCCCUCGAUACGCCGAGGAAAGUAAAGGCCGGGUGUCGUGCGUGCGCCGACCGAUUCGUUUCGUGCUCACCCUCUCUCGUCCCUACCCCCCACCCUUCUUUUCACCGCAUCGCCUUUUCCUCCCCUCCCUUUACGCCUGGUCUCUUCUUUUUCCUCUCUCUUUCUGUCGUAUAUGUGACGGAUAAGAAGCGUAUACAACCAUCUAUCAGUAGCAGUGCGCUCGUUCGUCGGUGGUAAAGCUUCGCCGGUGACGGUGACGGUAUUGUAUGCGUGCGUGCGUACACGCGUACGUGCGUGCCGCGUGGUGCGUCUUAUAAAACGUCGUCGGACGACGACGUCCACUGGUGUCCGCGAUGCCGACAGUGGCUCGCGCACAUGGCCGUCAUACAGAUACUACAGAUUGCCCGCGAGGAUACCACGAGAUGUUCGUCGACGAUCUGAGCGAGGACACGUGAGCUGAAAAGCGUCGAGCUACGAGAGAAGAGAACGAGAGGUAAAUGAGAGUUCAAGGUCAGCCGGCAGUGCUGUUGGACCCGAACUCGUUUACUCGGCCAAAAAAACUUAUCCGAAGGAGAAGGCGGACCGUUCCUCGCUGUCGCUCGUUGGAAGUCGGAAAUAUCAUCGGCGGAGAAACGCACACUUGGUCGCCAGCCGGUCGGAGAGAGGACAGGAGAGAGAGAGAGAGAGAGAGAGAGAGAGAGAGAGAGAGAGAGAGAGAGAGAGAGAAGAAUCGGAGCUCCGCCGUUGUGGACUGUCACACUAUUUCGGGACCGCGAUCCAAAGUGCGCGCGGGCACAAAUAAGUAUACACGCGAGCGUCGCGACUGUGUUGUGUGUAUAUGUGUGUAUGUGAGAGCGUGAGGGCUCCAUCGUCUGUGAUUUUUUCGUGUGCGUUGGAGAGGUGUUUUCCGUUGACAGUGUGUAUUUGAUGCUCGCUGAAGGGAAGAAAGAAGAAGAAGAAGAAGAAAAAAAAGAAAAAGAGAAGGAAGGAGACCUCGCGGAGAAGGGUGCUCAAAGAGGAAGGUCGCGGCAGCUUGCCUGCUUGCUUGCGACCGACCGCGUGCAAGAGUGCGCGUGUGUGAGUGUAUUUGUGUGUGUGUGUGUUAUCCAGUUCCCCCCCAGCCGUUGGGGUCUCCUAUUGUUUUCCUACGGCGGCUACGUUGAAAAGGACUGGCCACCAAAUGCGCGUACCGCAAAUCCUGUUUCAUGUUGAUGUUCUGGAGCAAACGGACGGUGCUCACUAGACGUCUGCUAAAGGCCAAGGUCCGUGGGGAGCAUGAAACCGAGUGUGAAGCUCAAGAGGAUUCAUCGUCACGUACGUUUCAUCGCACGAGCAGCAGCAACGCGAGCGGCGCCGCCGCCGGCUACGACAACACGGGCAGUAACAACAACAAAGCGACGACGACGGGCCGACAAGUGAGCAGGGUUACGGCGCGAGGACCAACGUUGUCGGGGAGCGGCGCAGGAGGAGGGGGAGGAGGAGGUGGAGGAGGAGGUGGAGCGGUGGUCUAUGGGGGACGCAAUACCGCAUCCAGCAGGUUGCAUCAAGGCUGUUGCGGCGGUGACACAAGUCAGGAUGACGAUGAGGAACAACAGCAGCAGCAGCUGCAGCAGCAACAAGAUCCCGGUCGGUUGCUGAGGUGUAAGGAACUCCUCAAGUCGCUCAAGGAGAAUCAACUGGAGAUGCUGCUCACCGCCGUCGAGAGCUACGGCGCCGACCUAAGCUCCUGCGUUCUCGUGCCGCGUCAGAUCGAGGAUUAUCCGUACGAUCAGCAGCACGAGCAGCAGCAAUAUCACGGCAGCAGGCCGCAUCGUCAUCAUACCCGUCAUUUUCAUCAGCGCCGUUAUCGUCAGUAUCGGCACCACCGCUCCAGCAGACAUCAUCGCUCGUCCUCCGUCGAGGACGAUCAGGAGAGCUGCUGCUCCGCGUCGGAGGAUUCCUCCUCCGCGUCGCCGAUGAGAACGGCGAGAAACGGUAGCAGUGUCGUCGUACCGAUGAGAGGAUCAGCGAUCGAGAGGAGCACCGGCGCCCCGUGCGACCCGCACCUCCUUUGUUGUCAGAUCUGGCGAUGGCCGGAUCUCGAGCACUCCUCGGAGCUCAAGAGACUACCUAUAUGUCAUUCCGCUAAAGAUCCCGUAUACAUAUGCUGCAACCCUUAUCACUGGAGCCGACUCUGCAGACCCGAGUCGCCACCACCCCCGUAUUGCCUUAUCGCCGAUAGACUGAGACCCGAAGAUUGUGCACCCAGUGAAGGGGAUCAACGUCGGUGCAGAAACAGCACGCCCCUGCCACUUCCCGGCUCGCUUACCACCAACGGAGAAGGUGAGACAGGACAGAGGGAAUGGUGCACCUUGGCGUAUUGGGAAUUGGGCAGCCGAGUUGGUCGUUUGUAUCCCGUGGAACCAUCGACAGUGAACGUCUUCGACUCUCUUCAUGAUGGCGACGGUCUCUGUUUAGCGACUCUGGUUGAAAAUCACAAUGCUCCGCCCGCGGUCCAGCGUACGCGCAGCAAAAUCGGCCUUGGGCUAACGCUCAGUCAGGAAGCGGACGGUGUAUGGGCGUACAAUCGGUCGGAGAGCCCAAUCUUCGUGAACUCGCCCACCCUGGACGAUCCGGAAUCGAGGACGUUACUAGUUUACCGGGUGCCACCGGGUUUCUGUCUCAACAUCUUUGACAGCGCCAAGAUCAUGCAGCUUCCAUACGGCAGCGGCGGUGGUCAGGCCGCUGGUUUUACCGCCUCCGGCCCCAUCGACAUUUACUCCGUCCGCAUCAGCUUUGCCAAAGGCUGGGGACCCAAGUAUUCGCGACAGGAAGUCACUUCCUGUCCGUGUUGGCUCGAGGUGCUCCUGGCGCCGUGUAGGUGAUCAUCCCCAAGACUGGCCAGGCCGAAGAGUAUCAUCAAGUCCCGUUUUCAAUUCGCGCCUCUUGCUCCUCCUCGUCGUCAUCGUCGUCGUCGUUGUUCUUGGAGAGGAUCGGUGAUAAUGAUGCGGCGACCGUGGCCUUUAGCUCCGUCCUAGCGAGAGCUGUGUUAAUAAUAAAUAAAAAGAACACGUGUGUGUGCGCCGGGGGCGAUCCUCAGUGGCACGUGCCGGGGUCGUCCCAACAACCCCAGCAGUCUUACCAAAGUACACGCCGUUAAAAUAAUACGUUUAGGAACAACGUCACGUUUCACUUUCGUUAAUAGAAUGAGAGACGGGAAUAAACGAGAUCGUUCGCGAGCGUGUUCAUCGAGCGCGUAUGAACGGAGAGAUUCACAUCGAGACUUAUACGAAUGGGACUUAGGAUCAUUAUGAUGCGUGCGUUUGAUUCGUAGUUCUUUUUUAAUUUUAUUCUCUGAUCGCUUAGGCGUCGAUGCUAUUCUCGAGAUUCGUGUGAGAAUUUCCGACAGAGGAAGCGCAGAGAGUCGGGCUUCCGAUAGGUCUAGUCACUUGCGUUUAUGGUCUACGCGCGCUAGCUCGCGAAUCGCGCGCGUGGAUUCUGAAUUCAACAUGGCAGGGAAAAUUCUUAGUCUCGUAAAGAUGAAGCAUGAAGCAAAGAGUAACAUCGACGAAACAGAGAGGAUAAACAAUACAUAGAUAGAGAGUAUCUUUCAUGAUCGCUCUUUGAAAAAUAUUUUUUGGAUAAUCGCUUUUGUCAGUUGUUUAAAAAAAUUCAGAGAACAGCAGAUUUAUUGGCAUUUAAUAAUAAACAAAGAAGAUAGUUAUCCAAUACACAUA